CUGAGUUCAUGUGAGGGAGGCUAUACGAAAGCAUGUCGCCAGUUGAGGAUUCCAUGUCGAUGUUUGCAUCGGCAUGGAAGUUUCUUAACCGCUUUUGAUCGGUUUGUUCGUGGUGAGGGAGUGGCGUUGGAGCUGUGGCACCUCAAAUAGAAGGACUGGGGCCGCAUGUUGACGUGGUUUAGGGUGUUUUUGGCUCCCCUAACUGUCAUGUUGAGCUUUUCUUGAUGUUUUGAUGCUUAUCGUCUCAGAUAUUUGGCUCUGCGGUGUGCGUUGAUGUCAUAGUAAGUUCUGCAACAUGGAUUGUGAGUUUUACGUUUCGACGCGAAUGAAAUGAGUGGCAAGCGUUUGGACUGAGUAUGAGUCUAGCAGAGUGUCAGAGGUGAGUGGCGCAUUAUGGGGCCAUGAGAAUCUUUUUAUAGAUGAUCCCGGACGUUAAACGAAUCCCAAGGGUUCGUAUCAACUUGAUUCCUGCCCACUGGUACUUCGGGCCGAAGUCGUGCUAAACAAGCAUGGCACGAUCAAUAGAUCCGCUUGUGGUAGGGAAGGUGAUAGGAGACGUUAUUGAUACGUUCGUACCAAGUGUGGAUAUGGCCAUUCACUAUUCGACCAGACAGGUGACUAAUGGAUGCCAGAUGAUGCCCUCCGCUACAGCUCAGGCGCCAGAAAUUCAUUUAUCUGAUAAGAGUGGAGGGAACAAUCUUUACACACUGAUUAUGAUCGAUCCAGAUGCACCGAGUCCCAGUGAACCAACUUUGCGAGAAUGGCUGCACUGGAUUGUGACUGAUAUACCUGGAAAUAGUGGUGGCUCUGAGAUGACAAGUGGAUUUCCACGGCUGAACGAACUAAUAGCCCCUUCAAAGAGUUGUGGUAGAGAAUUGGUGCCAUAUAUGGGUCCACGCCCCCCUGUAGGUAUACAUAGAUACAUUUUUGUAUUAUUCAAGCAACCCUUAACACCUUUUCACAUCACUCCACCCACAGUGCGCAGCAACUUCAACACACGUUACUUUGCUGCACAGUGUGGAUUAGGUCUACCAGUGGCAGCCACGUACUUAAAUGCCCAGAAAGAACCUGGUAGUCGUCGUCGCUAAAUAGUGAAGUUUGUCAGCUCCGGUUUACACGAAACAUAUGAAACUCUAAGUAAGGUGGCCGCACCUAUUAAUGGUGGAAUUCAUUCCCCGAACACUUCGUAGUAAUUAGAGUUUUAGUCUAGAGUAGAUGCUGGGUUCCACAUCCGAAGGCUACAACAGUUGCGCCUACCUUAUUUCCAGGUAAUUAAUUUUGUACAAUAUGUGCAGCAUUGUUCAUAUCAUUGUAUGUUCCUGCCCUCAAAAUAUUUUCAAAGCAAGAACUUUUACAGUC